GUGCUGGUGCGGGGACGGGUGCGGGGCUACGAGCUGGUGCGCACCUUCGGCUGCCUGCCACCCGACGAGCAGGGCUUCAUGCAAGUAACACAAUCAUUGUCGAAACUCAUGCAAGAAUGUUGGCAUCCACAUCCUGCCGUGAGAUUGACUGCUUUGCGUGUGAAGAAGUCUCUUUGCAAGUUGGAUGCAGAUAGCACAGUGAAAAUUGUGUAAUGGACUCUGUAUUUACUAUUUUAAAAAUUGUGAGUUUGUAGGACAGGCUGUGAAUGUUUCAGCAGGGUGUGUUGAGAAAUCAACCGGUAGUUUCUUGCGUAAUUUUUUGUAACUUCGGCAAAUAGGAAUGGAGGAACCAGGUGUAUGACAUGCUGGACAUGCCUCUUGAACUCCAUUCAGUGUGUGAUAGAAGAAGCUAUGAAUUAUCUGUAAAUCUCUGUUAAAAAAGAGACGAGGUGCUGACUAUUCUGUCAGAGAUACUUCAGUUUCAUAAAUCAAGAAUCAUAUUUAGUUGUGCAGCUAACUAUUGUUUGUUGCACAGCUCACUGUUGUGCAGUUAAGUGUUAGAUUCUUUUAGCACUGUUUUCACCUUGGUUAUUUUUUGGUGAUCCUACAUAAUACUUCUUUGGCAUUGUGUUUUAAUACUUUCUUGUAAAGUAUUCAACAGAGUUGGAUUUUUUGGAGAAUUAGAGCUAAUUUAAAGUGACAUGUGAUGGUCCUACUGAUUAUAGUAUGGAUAAACAUGAUAUGCUGAUAGGAGGUGAAUUGAAACAAACUUUUCUAAUUAAAUUAAUUGGCGUAAAGCUUUCGUUUUAGUUUGGCAAUGUGUACAGUUUUCCACAAAGUAAGAACUUCAGACCAAGAUUGUAAAGCACUUUAGGUAAAUUUAAUGAACUUAAAAGAGUUUGUUUCAAACUUCUGUCUCCUUAGCAUGUCUCCUUACAAACCUGUUUUCUAACGCCAGCAUAACAAAGCUGAACAUUAAGUUCAUCCAUAUCAUAAUCUUUAGGGCUGAUUCACAUUGAGGUUAAAGAAAUUUUUGGAAAACACAUGUUUACUGAUUUAACAUCGCCCCCCAAGCAAAAAUAUUUCUCUCAGUCAUUGUUUUGUCAUCACUGUUUGUAUGUGCUUGCUUUAUCCAACCACAUUCAGAUAUUCAAGUCCUUCAUUAAUUCAGGUUUAUUUACCUGCUUUGUUAUUUCAAAGACCAGGACUAUUCGUUCUGUGUGAAAGUUCAUUCAGUUCUGUGCUUUUCCUGAAAUUCAUCAUACCUUGUCUGAGUUUUGUAAGAUCAGGAUCUUACAAAACCUUAAGUGGAUCCCAAGUUUGGAAGAAGAAUCGCCUUAACAAAACUUACGAAACUUUGGUUCCAGGAUCCAAUGUUAUACCAAAUUGUUCCACUGAUUCACGCGAUUACUAACUUCGUAGAAAGGGUCAUGAAUAAUAACACAUCCAGCAGUGCAAGAAGCAAGUGAAAUUUAUUUGUGAAUGUGCAAGUGUUUUUUUGAAACCUAUGAGGUGAAACAUUGCAACAGUUAUGAAUGAUGAAACUUUUUAGAAGUGCAUUUUAAAGUGCUCUUUAGACAUUUAUUUAUUAAAUAGCCUGAUGAGGGAAUCUCAGUGUCAUUAUUUUAUUAUUCUGCACUGUCAACUAGUGUACAAGGACUGGCUGGUUGAUGAGUAUUACCUUCACUAGUGCAAAAGGUUGCUCUUGGUGGAAAUGUAUGUGCAGUUAUAUUUGUAACAUUGCUUUAGCAAGCUGUUCAGCCAAGCUCAUGGAUAGAUUGUUUAUUUAUUACGCUUCUGAGUGCCUUGCCAGAGCUACUCUUCAAGGUGUAUGCUUUUGUAUUAUUUUUUAACCGUUCAGAAAAUUUGCUCUUCAUGCCUACACUGGCAGUAUUACUGUCCACCAAAUUAUUAUUCACCAGCUGAAGUAUCCUGUGUUGCUGGGUACUUAUUAAUCCUAUUCAUCCUGCCUCGCCUGGUCCACAUUGCUCCUCCCCCGCCCUCCAAGUUUGUUACGAUCAUCAGUGCUACCACCAUCGUUGCUCUGGGCAACUGUAAACAGAUGCAUUGUUUUGUACUCCAGGCAAAUAUUAGUAACAAUUUUGACCUUCAAUUACUCUGAACCUAAUUGCGCUAUUGGAAUGAAUCAAAAUGCAUUUAGUAGGAUAUUUUAUGGGCUGUCAGAAACUUCAAUUAAUUUUGAUAAAUUUACUUACUGUUUUUGAGAUAUUUAUAAACAAUGGAAUGAGGGCACGUUUAAAUAUUGUCCAAAGGAUUAGGAUAGGGGGUUGGGAGUAAUUUUUAUGAAAUCUCAGUAACAGGCAGUAACUUUUCUCUUAUUUUGAAGGUCAUGUGUACAAAAUUUCCUUAAUAUUGGAAUAAAGUUGUAGAUUUGUAAGAAGAAAAAAACUUUCAUAUAUAUGAAUAAACCUUCUUUAUAUAUGAGAAAAUAAUAAGUUGGAGGAAAGAAGUAGCCUAAGUUAUGCCAGACAAAACACAUCAUUGAAAACUGUAUCAAAAUCUGUUCAGCCAUUCCAGAGUUAACACCGGACAGAUAGAAAUCGUAAAAACUAUUAGAUUGUUUUUUCUAUCACCUAAACAAGCAUAUGAGAUUACACAAAGGCAGUUAUUUUGAGAUCACAAGCAGACACACUAAUUUUAUUUAUAUAGAUGAAGCCCUUUAAGAGAAUCAGCUGAUCAACAGACAAAUCACCUUGCAUAUUGGUCAGUUAGCUGUGCAGGUGCAUUGUUGUUUUGAACUUGUUAAUGGUGCUGCAGAAUUGAUUGAGCAAAGUAAUGGAAAAAUUGUGAUUAUCAUCAGCUCUGAGUUUUAAAUAUUUAAUGUAUUUAUUUUUAUUUUUGUAUAUGCAUGUGGUUGGUGCAAUAUUACACAAGAUAGUUUGAAAAGUAUUUUUUGCGCAUAGGCAGAAUUGUGGAUCUUUAUAAUAUUUCACUGAAUUAUUUUUCUUUGUGACUUAAGUAAAAAAAUGUGGCUAUCUGGAAAAUGAAAGUAUAAAGAUAAACAAUCUAAAUAAUUUUAUUUUGUAGGAAAUUUGGCAUUGGGAUUUUGAGGUGCAACUGGAAAAGUUCUUGUCGCACCUGCAUCAUAACUAAACAAAUUUUUGAAGUUUAAAUUGUGUCUUCACAUACCAGGAAUUUGGUAUUGUCAGUCUUGCAAAAAAGAUACUGUGUUUCGAACGUUAAGCAAUUUGAUUAUCAGUGGAUGAAAUCUUACCUUAUUAUACCUUUGGACAUCUUCUCCUCCUAUCAUCUUUAAUGACUGAAAGACCUUUUGUUUUAUGUAGAGUAAAAUGGAACACAUUAAUGCAAAUAAUUAUUUUAUUGAUUGAGUGUUGUGCCUAUUUUGCUUAGCAAAAGAAGCUGAACUUCAUUAUUUGAUUUACAAAGGGACUGGUAUUAGCUUUUCUUGAUGUUUGUGAGUGGCAUAGUGUGAGGGAACCGAAGAUACACUGUCUACCCAUGGAAAAAUAGAAUCUAGCAUAUUUUUUUAUUGAAGAUUUUCUUCCUAAAUUCCGAGUCUGUUUUGAAAGUUGAAGGCUGAAGUCCUUACUGAGUCUUUGCCAUGCCAGAAACAAAUAUAGUGAGGGGGGGAGUCUCAGGGGCUUCAGUUCUUGAUUUGUAUUUUGAGGCUUCAUUUUGUGCCUAAAGUGUAUUGAAAUCAAUGCGGAGACAACCCAAGUGCUGAGUUGCCUUACGGAAUAAGGGACAAGACACAAAUUAUUUCAGUUAACUAUUCUCUCUCGUGGUUACAUUGAACCUUUCAAUGCAGGUGUAUCUUGAGAAAUAUUCCUUUCACUUCUAUUUAUGGGAUUUCAUACCUAGACGUCAGUAGAUUUUCCUCUGCAGUAGGAUGCUCUGUGAAGAUUAAGGGUCGUUUACAGGUCGAUUAAGGGUCGUGCACAGAGCUGGUUAUCUGUAAUUGAAAAUGCCUGCAACUCCUGUCCUUCACCUUCUUUGAAAUGCUUCCACAUCCAACUUAUGCUCUGUGUAGAGUGUUAAAUACACUGAUUCAGUGCUUUAUUUGAGUGUUGUAAGUGUAAAUUGUUUUGUAAUUAAUUUUUUUUAAAUAGUGCAUGAGUAAUUCAGCCAAUACAUUGACAAAUUAUUGAUUUUUGUUGUGUUUAAGUUCAACUGAAUAACUACUGUGGGAUUACCACUGAAAAUUUCUUUCGUAGUGUUGAUUUAAUUAUACACCUUUGAUUUUCUCACAUUAUGCCACUCUUGUGUUGCCCUUUGUUUUCAGAAUUGUUAAUAAUGAGCAGCAAGAUAAUUUAUCAUGAAUUGAUAAGAAUGUUGACUUUAAUAAGUAAUUGAAAUUUGUUAUCAUAUAUGUAAGGAUACAGUAUUCAAUGUUAUUAAGGUACCAUAAUGCUACUGUGUUCAUUUCUGUUGACUAUUACAAAUUUUUGUUAUUCUGUUUUAUGUAAUAUUUGAGGGUUAAAGGUGACAUUUAAAAUGAAAUAAAAAUGACUGAGCAUUUAGAAACACAGAAGAAUGGUGCAACAAUCCACAAAAUUCUAGAAAAUUUUCCUUCACAAAGUGAUAUUGCCGAUGAGUUUAAAAAAAAUUAAAUUCACUAAAUAUUUCAGAUGGUCUUCUUGCUGCCUUGUUUUUAUCUGAUUUUGGCAUUUCCUUGGUUGUAACUGAAUAGCAUUUCUUUCAUUUUUCUUUAAUAAUUGGAAAUAUUUUUUUGAGAAAUUGCAGAGGUGGUCUAAAGAAUUGCAAUUUUUAUGGAUUAUUGUUUUAUUAGGGGGUAAGCUUUUGCCUUUCUAAUAACUUUUUAUGCAUUUUACUUGCCACCUAAUGGAAGAUAUAUCUUAUUUUUGUUUUGGUUGGAAAUCAAGGAGAAAAUUUGAAAAAAGUAUUAUGUAAAUUCAGAGGUGCAAACUCUACAAAGAACGAUGUUUUUUAUUAAAGAUAAUUUUUUUGAAGUUGAGUACUUCAAAAAUUGCGUUAUAUGCAUUCUAAAAUAUUAAUAAUUGUUGUUUCUAUUAUGUUAUUCAUACUGAUUACUUUUAUGAAAAGAAUAACAGAAUAUAAUAUCUGUAUCAUUUGAAUGUUUGCCUCUUACUAUAUGUCUUGGUAUAUUUAUAAAAUUAAUUUAUCAGUUUUCUAAUGUUAUAACUGCUGAAUAAUGUUUAAUUUUUUUAAGAUGCUUAGCUGAUAAUUAGAUUGUGUGUAAUAUCUUAGCCUUUUUCUUCAUUUGUAAAUUUCUGUGUUUAUUUUCAAGUUUGUGUAUAACAAUUAGUUGUAAUUAUUUUUAAAUUUACUUACAAUGUUGUCAGACUCCUCUAAUUUAAAAGUUACAAAGGAAGUAAAGUAAAAGAUUUGGGAGUUGUAGUAAUUUUUCAUUUUUCUGAUUCUGUAUAAGUUUGGCUCAUUAAAAAGCCUUAAUGUGAUUCAUGGAUGUGGAAAUUAAAAGAAAAUCUUCACAGUAACCUUCUAGUAAAUAAUGUGAAACAUAUCAACCUCUUCUGAUACUUGAUUUUUUAUUCUCCUAAUAUAAUUUAUGAUGUAAGACUUUAUUUCUGUAUUCUUAUAGCAUAAUCAUGAUUUCUUGAGGAGUUUACUAUUCUGUUGAGUUGCUUCCUUUGUAAUAAAUGUAAUUACUGAUGGUAGUGAAGAAAGAUUUGGACUGAAGGAAAUAGUAUAGUAAUUUUUUAGGACUUCAUAUUGAACUGUAUUAAUGUUUUGUUACAAAAAAAAAUUAUAUUGUGAUGUAUCACACUGACAUUAAUUUUGCAUUAAUAUGCCAAAAAGUAUUGUUUUUGUGUAUGUUUAUAUACAUAUCAGAGAAAUUAGUGUAGAUUAAUUCUCUUCUUGUAUUAUAUUUUAUAUUGGGAAACCAACCAUUGGUUUUUAAUUCACUGCCAGUGCCAAAUAAAUAAGCCCAUUUUGCUUUAACACAGUUUAAAUAAAAAAAAGUUUGCAAUUUUAUUUGUAGAUAAUGUAUAACUGAAACCUUAAUUCAUGUUGGAGCAAGGGUUAGUUUUUAAAAUUCACAUUGUUAGAGAAGUGACUUACUAAAUAAAGUAUGUGAAGGUGUGUGCAUUUACUGAUUUGUAAAUACAAGUUUUUCAAUGUUACAAGACUGAAUGUGUGUGUGUAAAUGUUUUAUAGGCAAUUACAAUUGUAGCAGGAUAAGUUGUCAAUUAACUACAUAAAUGUAUUUACACAAUAGAUGUAUGAAUUAAAUUGUCAGUACUCUUUUGUACAUGCGUUGAUUUCGAGAGCAUUUUUGUUUUAUAAUUCCCAAUUUUAG